UUUUCGCGCUACCUGUUAUGAAAUCUUCGACGGAUGAUACAAAAACACGUGUUCUUUACACUUUAGCUAAUAAAGUUUUGAGUUAUUCAAGUCAAUUUAAUAAACUUUAGGUAGGUAGAUAAAAGGAACUGAAUAGGCGUGAAGAAAACAUAGUUUUAAGUAAGUUAAUCGGUAGAAUACGAAAGUUUACGUGGAUGAUUGAAGGGAAAGUAGUGAAGCAGGAGAGCGGCCAUUUUAUGUUAGUAUGACGUAGAGGCUGGGUGUAGCUUCGCGUUCAACCGUCCGUGUUCUUUGGAAAAGGCGAGAAAAUCUGAAUUCUGAUGCUGGGGUCGAGGUAAAUGCACGUAUCACGCACUGAACGUGUGAACCAUAAAUUAAGCCCAAGGAAAGUAAGGAAAUUAGUUAAAUAAGGAAGUACAGGGGUUCUGAAAGAGCGAGCAUGAGCGAAGAAAGUAAUCCGCGAACGCUCUAUGUGGGAAAUCUAGACACUUCGGUGUCGGAGGAACUCUUGUGCGCACUUUUUUCACAAAUAGGUGCUGUUAAAGGAUGCAAGAUUAUACGGGAACCAGGAAACGAUCCAUAUGCUUUUGUUGAAUUUACGAAUCAUCAAUGCGCGGCUACAGCGCUAGCCGCCAUGAACAAGCGAUCCUUCCUGAAUAAGGAAAUGAAGGUUAACUGGGCAACGAGCCCUGGAAAUCAGCCGAAGUUGGAUACGAGUAAUCACCAUCACAUAUUUGUCGGCGAUCUUUCGCCAGAAAUUGAAACACAAACUUUAAAAGAAGCAUUCGCGCCUUUUGGCGAAAUUAGCAAUUGUAGAAUUGUCCGCGAUCCACAAACCAUGAAAAGUAAAGGAUAUGCCUUUGUAUCAUUUGUCAAAAAGUCUGAAGCUGAAGCAGCGAUAGCAGCUAUGAAUGGUCAGUGGCUUGGAUCUAGAAGCAUCAGGACAAAUUGGUCAACGAGGAAACCACCACCACCUCGAUCUGAAAGGCCACGACAUUCAAAUAAUAGUAAACCUAAUUAUGAAGAGGUAUAUAACCAAAGUAGUCCAACUAAUUGCACAGUAUACUGUGGAGGUUUUACAAAUGGCAUUACAGAUGACCUGAUAACCAAAACAUUUUCUCCUUUUGGUACCAUACAAGAUAUAAGAGUAUUUAAGGAUAAAGGAUAUGCUUUCAUAAAGUUUACUACUAAGGAAGCUGCUACUCAUGCCAUAGAAUCAACACAUAAUACAGAAAUUAAUGGUAGUAUUGUCAAAUGUUUUUGGGGAAAAGAAAAUGGAGAUCCCAACAGUGUGGGUCCAAAUGCAAAUCAUCAAGCUCAACAGGUUACAGCUGGAGCUGGACAGUAUGCAUAUGGAUAUGGCCAACAAAUGAGUUAUUGGUAUCCACAAGGAUAUCCACAAAUGCAAGGUCAAUUUUUACAGCCUGCUCAGUACUAUGGUCAAUAUUAUGGACAACAGGCUCAAUAUAUGAAUAGUAUGCGAAUGCCUGCUCCUGGUGCAGGUACAUGGCAACCUGCACAAGCGACUGCUGCACCACCGACUGCAACUGCACCAUUGCCACCAGGUCAGCAACCUGCUAUGGUAACAUACACCAUGCCACAAUACCCCACGCAAUGAAAUUGAUCAUUGAUCAACAUCAACUAAUUGUUACAUAUGAUACAUUUGCCCCUGGGGCGUUUGCAAAAACUGUUCUGUCAUAUACCUGUUCCAACAAGUUUAUUGGUAUUUUGACUGCAGCAUCAUAUGUACAAAUUUUCCAGUUUUACUUCAAUUGAAGUAUAAUACAUAGCAAGAAGAAGCUCCUAAAUUUGGUUGUAUUAAUAUUGACUGAUAUUAAGUAAUAUAUCAGAGACUAUACCAUCAAAAGAUCAAGUGAUAUAUAUACAUAUAUACACUUACAUACAUUUAAAUAUACAUUUUCUUAAUACGUUUCUCUUGCCAAACAAUAGAAACGUAUAUUAUUAUAAUACAUGCAAGUAUAUCUUGUAAUGUUCAUUGAAAGAAGAAAUAUCAUAGCAGUCAAUCCAUCAGUGUAAUAUAACACUCUUUUCAAAACGAUUUAUAUUCUUAAAGUGUUGAAUGAGGUAUAUUUCUGAACUUAAAAUUGCAGCCCCUUGAUGAGCCCUGCAUUCGUUGUGCUGCGUAAGGUGUAUGUAUGUAUGCGACCAUUACGUUGUUAUAUUUUUAAUAUUUUUGCCACAAUUACCAAUCUUUAGUUUAUUUCAAAUCAUUAAUGAACAAAGAUAAAUGUUCAUUUAUGGUAAACACAAAGUAUGACAUUGAAUAUAAUAUAAGAUAGAGAGUAUAGGUAGACACGGCGCCUGUGAUGUAGCUAGAUUUGGAUGCAUGCUUUGACGUAUGCAGGGCCCUUAUUAAAAUAAACUAUGCGAGUCGAUAAACGAGUUGUAAACUUCCCUCGUUUUGUGAUAUUUAUCGUCGGUGGUAAAUGUACAAAACAUUCUUAUAAAAAAUUUUAAAGAAAAUAUUUCUGGAAGUGUCAAAAGUGAAAUAUCUUAUGAAAAUAUUGAAUUUGACUUAUUGAAUAUACUUUAUAUUGCAUAGUGACUCCUCUCCAUCUGUACAAAGAAAUAGCGAGUCUUGGUGUAAUUAUUAUAUGUAAUUUAAGUAUAAUGAUAAUGAUAAUGAUAAACACUUCCACUAAGAGUUGGAGUCACUAUUGUCUUAUCUUUAUUAAUUUAUACAUUGAUAAUUAAAUUACAUUUCUUUUGAGUAUAUUAUAAAAUAUUAAUUUUUUCUCUUGUAACAAUCAGUAUAUCAAUUGACAAUCAUAUUUGAUAUUAUUCGAUAUUUUAAAGUUAUUGCAAUUAUGAUAUAAUACAAUACUUAUAUCUUCAUAUCUUCUAAUUAUUAUACAGAUGAAAAAUUGUUACAUAAUUUAAAUAAUAUUUUAUUCUUUAUUUUUCAACAAAAUUUAGUUUUAUAUUUAUUUUCUUUAAAAAAUUUAACAUUCUGGUAAUUUUUUGAAUGCUUAUUUUUUAAAAUAUGUUUCAUCAAGUUAAUAAAUUAAUAAUAAAAGAAAAUUAGAGUGAAUUAGUGUAAUAAAAAUUUAUCGAUACUUCGCUUCACCACCGACGAUAAAAAGCCAUAAACCUUUCAAAACCAAUUUGUAUAAAGUCAGUACUGAAUGUAAUAACAGAAGAAACAUAAGUCGAAUAUAGCAAUGAUUAAUUGACUGCGAUAAGUGAUAUCGAACUACGGAGAGCCAAUUUAAGAAAAAGAACUUGUCUAUGGAUUAAUAAUAAUCAGUGAACCGAUGGAAGACAUAAAAAAAAAUGUUAUAUAAAAAAUAAUUUAGGUACAGCAGGGUGUGGAACCCUCGAAAAUGCUUAGGAUAAUGUUAUCUUAUAAUAAAAACAAAUUGUCCUUUGAAUGAAAAAAAAGGAAUAAAUAUUUAAAAUACACAAUAUUUUGUAUUAUUUCAUAGCCCACGUUAUUAUAAAAUAUAAAGUUAUGAAAUAAUAUCAAAAGUGAUUUUUUAAAUUUAUAAGGAACGUAGUACCUUCGUUUAUAACUGGUUAAAUGUAAAAAUAAUAUAAGUUUUUUAAGUACAUAAACAAGGUAAUUUUAUUUUACAGCCGACAUACUUUUACAAUAAUCGUUUAAGUUAAUCGAAGAUAUUUUUUUCUGCAAAUUAUCGCGUCAAGCAGUUGAUGACUGAAUGACUAAUGUAGAAGACAUAAUUCUGACUGAUUUUUUGACACAAUAAAAUUGAACUUUAAGUACAAAA